AGCGAUGGCCCAAGUAAAAGUAACAGGGGAUGCAACGAGGAGCCACCAGGACUGUUCUGAUGUGUACUCUAGCAUGGCCACUGUCAGCUCCACUGCAGCAGAGAUUGGAGAUUCGUUGAGCAAGGGGUCAUUGUGUGAGACCUCUGUGGCUGCGAGUGUUAGUCGACGGAGUCGAGCCUUUCAGUCUCCGGUGAGGAGGCGCCUCCGCACCACCUUCAGCCACAAGCAGCUGCAACAUCUGGAGAUGGCCUUUGGACAGAACCAGUAUCCUGACAUCUACUACAGAGAGGAGCUGGCCCGAAUCACCAAGCUCAACGAGGCUCGCAUUCAGGUGUGGUUUCAGAACAGGAGAGCCAAACAGCGCAAGCAUGAGCGGGUCUCCCAAAAAGUGCACCCACUGGGUAUGAUGUCGGGCCACAGGGCACUACUGGGCAGCAUGCAUGUGGCACCAUCCAUGGCCCGGCAGUAUUACGGCCAGCCCCUGGGCCACAUUCCACACGUCACUGCGGUGCUGCCUGCCAGAGUGUACCCCCAUCACCCCCAAGGUCCCAUCAGCUCGUGUCCUUCCGUCACACCGCAGGUGAGCUCUCAGCAGCAGCAUGAAGAAUGGUACAGUCAUGUGAGGAGCAACCUGACCUCAACAAUGUUCUCUUUGACAUCCAUGCAGCCCCUGGAGCCCUCCUCUCAUUGGAGCUAAGCAUUUUAGAGUUCCAACUUAGAAUGAAGCAUGUAUCAGCAAACCUAAGUACAUGCAUGUUCUCUGUAAUGUUUUAUUUGUGACUUGGAUGAGAAUAUUUUCAAAUGAUCAGAUUUUCAAAUGUUUUACUCUUGAGCAAUAAUUGUGCUGCUGGUGUUCAUAGCCACAAUAUCAUUGUAUACAGCUCAGACGGAACAAAAAAAUUGUGUAAACGUUAUUUUUCAUUAUUUUAAGUCGUUUUUUUUAAGGUGUGUAUUAGCUGGGGUCGGCAAAAUCAAUAAAAAAAACAAUAACAUUGUUAACAGAUUUUAAUAGUUCACAUUCUAGUUCUAUUAUGCAUGUUUUUAAAUAUUUGUAUUAAACAACCUGUGAAGAAUAGAUACAAGAUGA